GAUGCGGGAGCGGGCCAGAAGCCAGCGGGGCCCGCCUUUCGCACGUGCUCCGAGGCCCCCCCGCCUUCACGUCUUAACUUUGAGGCUGCCUCCGCGUCGGAAAGGUCCCCGGCGGGGUCGAGCCGCGGGGAGAGGAAGUUCUUGACCCUUCCGACGCCCCCGGCAAGAACUUUGCUGUCCGGAGGGACCGAGAGGAAGACGCCCCGGCAGCCGCCUGAGAAAACAGCCUUCCCCCCCGCCGCUCCCAGCGCGGAGCGUGCGGUGGAGCCGAGGGAGGAAGGCGACGCUGGGCAGGGCGAAGGAGGCGGGAGCCGGGGAGCCGCUCCCGUCUGCGCCGCUUCCUAAGGGAGGCUGCUGCUGCUGCUGCUCCCGCCUCCUUUGCUCCCUCCCUCGGCUCACUUGCACUCACUCGCCCGCCUGCGUGCAGCCGCGCAAGCCAGCGCGCACGCACUUUGUCCGCCCGCCUGUCCGCCCGCUCGCUGCCAGUGUGGGAAUGUGGCCGUCGCCGAGCGGAGCUCCGGACUCGGAGGGGCUUUGACAAGGGCACAUGCUCCGCACCACCCGCCGCGUCCCCACCUCUCCCACUACGUCGGGAGGCGCCGCCGGGAAAACACGGCGGUAUGGAGGAGCCGCCGGCAACAGCGCGCUGCCUUGCCAGCCAUCCCCGGGCGGGCUGAGGCGCCCCAGAAGAGACAGUUGCAGAUACCAGACCUCUAGAUCUAUGUGACUUGGUUGGAGAAACCAUGACUGAAGUCCUCUGGUCAGCUGUUCUGAAUGUGACUGAGACUCACUUGCUGACUAGCAGCGGAUGGACCUCAGGCAAUGCCACCAACAGAUGCACACUGACCAAAACUGGUUUUCAGUUCUAUUACCUUCCUGCCGUCUACAUCGUAGUCUUCAUUACAGGAUUCCUGGGCAACAGUGUGGCGAUCUGGAUGUUUAUCUUCCACAUGAGGCCUUGGAGCGGCAUCUCAGUUUACAUGUUCAACCUGGCACUGGCUGACUUCUUGUAUGUCUUGACUCUUCCCGCACUGAUCUUCUAUUAUUUCAACGAAACGGACUGGAUCUUGGGAGACUUCAUGUGCAAGCUGCAGAGGUUCAUCUUCCAUGUCAACCUCUACGGAAGCAUCUUGUUCCUCACCUGCAUCAGCGUCCACAGGUACACAGGUGUGGUAUAUCCCUUAAAAUCACUGGGGAAACUAAAAAAGAAGAAUGCCGUUUAUAUCAGCACCUUGGUCUGGGUUGUUGUGGUGGCUGGUAUUUCUCCUAUCUUGUUCUACUCCGGGACCGGUGAAAGGAAAAACAAGACCAUGACUUGUUACGACACGACGCAAGAUGACUACCUGCGAAGUUACUUCAUUUAUAGUAUGUGUACCACUGUCUUCUUGUUCUGUAUCCCAUUCAUCCUGAUCCUGGGUUGCUAUGGAUUAAUAGUGAAAGCACUGAUUUACAAAGACUUAGACAAUUCUCCGCUGAGGAGGAAAUCAAUCUAUCUGGUAAUUAUAGUGUUGGCCGUUUUUGCUGUGUCUUACCUUCCUUUUCAUGUGAUGAAGAACUUGAAUCUACGAGCCAGGCUAGAUUUUCAAACUCCCGAAAUGUGUGCCUUCAACAACAGGGUUUAUGCCACUUACCAAGUAACUCGGGGGCUCGCUAGCCUCAACAGCUGUGUGGAUCCUAUUCUGUAUUUCUUGGCAGGAGACACCUUCCGAAGAAGGCUCUCCAGGGCAACCAGGAAGGCCUCGAGACGCAGUGAGCUCAACGUGCAGUCCAAAAGCGAGGAUAUGACUCUCAAUAUUUUAGCUGAGUAUAAACAGAAUGGAGACACCAGCUUGUGAAUUUAAAAAAAGGAAAAGGAAACAUAGAUUUGCAAGCAACGGUGCUCUCCCUCCCCAGCCAUACACACUCACCUUCAUUUUUAAUCCCUUGUCAAACUCUUAAUUUCAUGCAUUUUCAAGGAACACGUAACAGGCAGACAACGCUUGUUUUUUUGGUUGGUUGUUUUUAAAAGGCAUGCUCUGUGACCCUAGGAAGAGCUUGAGCAAAAGUAAGUGUAAAAUUUAAAAAAAUAAAACCCGUUUGUACCCCUUACAGCUUUUAAAGGUUGGAAAGACUGGAAGUACAAACAGUAAAAUAAGGCAACCCCCCUCCCCCCACACCAUUCAGCAGGGAUGUGGGCGAUCUACCCUUACAUUAAAAUGCAUUUUGACUUUGAGUAUUGGGAGUGUCUUUGGAAGACCAAACUUUUCUGUAGGGCCCUAGUCCAUGCUGCUGUUGCCAGAUCUCUCUUUCUGUAUGGCUCUGGCCUCAAGAAGUAGGAGAAUAUUGCAGGCCCUUUCUCUAAAUUUUGACCUUUCAUUUGGAAAACAAACCCCAGCAACAACAUAAGGCAAAAAAUCCUCUAGCCUUUACAGUUGCAGAGGAACCAGGACAGAAAGGUGAGCCAUAUCCCACCCAUCUGCUCAGUAAGAAGCCUGCUCUGAAUUGUUGAGUCCUUUAUAAAAUCUGAUCUAUUAAUUAAGCAACUUAACCUCUGUUAGGCAACUUGAAUUUAUUGUUUCGUAUCGACUUAAGCUGGCCUCCGCCCUUCUCCACUGUACCUGUAUGCUCCCUUCUAACAAAAUUUCUGGUUGUGGAUUUGUGACUCUCCGUCUCUCUCAAACACUGUGGAAAGAAUAUUAAGGGGAAGCCCUAUGAAUUACUUGUCUGUCUGUGAUUCUUUUAUGGGAUUUUAAAAAACACGAGGCAGCUACUGAAGCUGCAGUUUUACGUGGAAGGCCAGAAUGGGCCGAAGAAGGGCUUUUUUAACCUUGCAUUUGUAGAAAGACCAGCAGGGGUAAAAGCUGCCAAGAAAGGGCAUUUUCAGUAAAAAAAUAAUUAGCACAAAAGGAAAGUUAAGAAGCCUCGGUCAUCCUGUGCUGAUCUCCCAUUUAAAACUGCACCUGGGAGGGACACAUCCCCCCCCCAAAGAAUCACACAACCACACAGAGCAGGCAGUUUCCCCCUAAGACGGAGGCUAUGAAUUAUUAAAUUCUGUUGACAGGGUUUCUUUGAGAUUCCAGCAGCUCGCCCUGUUUGAGCAGAUAACAUUUUCCCUCUUCCUCUUGAGUUUAUGCGCAAAGCCAUCUGGCCAUGUGGUCUUCAUGAGAAAAGCCUGGGGCACUGUGGUCCCUAGCCUGUUAUGAUAUGGUGGCGGUGUGCACCUUGUACUAGAAUUCAGUUUUCAACAGUUGUUGGGAAGCAUCAGAAAAGCAGUACCUCCUUGACAUGCACAGAAAACAAUCAUACUACAUGUGUUGGCAGAUGCAGCAACCAGCUUCUAACAGACUGUGGCCAUUUCGUAUGAGCUCUUUAUGGACUUUUUCCAUGGCCACCAUUUUUGUGCUUGGCCUUUGAAUAGUCCUUCAUUGCUAACCAUCUCUAGAUUAUUCUUCACUGAAGAGAUUCAGUUACAAAAAAGGAACUAAUUUAACAAAAAAACAAUUGGUAGUACAUGUUUUUAUUUUCCAAACCCUACUGGACCAUGCUACUCUUAUAAUAUUUUUUAAAAAUGUUAAUUAAUUUAGGGAGCAUUCCUAAAUACGUCUAUCCAGACUAAGCCCCGUUUUAGUCAGUGAAGCUUUCUUCCAAAAAAGUAGAUUUAGGAUUUCAGCCUCAGUCAACUGUGUAGUUACCUCCACAGCUUAUUGUUUAACUUUGGAAUGGGAAACACAUCUCAUUGGCAGUAUCUGCAGUUUUGUUGACAUAAAAUAUGCAUUUGAUUUACUCAUUUUAAUGCAUGAAUAAUCUUUUUUUUUAAUUUGUGACUGUUGCUAGU